AAAGGAAUAUAAAUACAUAAUGUGAGAAUUUCUUACUAUCAACACCCGUACAGUCCUAUGUAGGGGAGGUCAGUGGAGAAGCCGCUCUGUCUCUUGAUCAACGACUGUCAGCUUCAUUCACACACACUUGCGCGUGUUUGAACUUUGUAUGAAUAUAUAUGUAUUCAGGGUUUGUGAGUUGUUUUGAUUAAACGGAACAGAUUUUCCAGAAGAACUGCCCGCCCGUAAUCAAACAUUGGAGAAGGCUUUUGAGCAAAUAUCAAUUAAGAGAUAUUAGAGCUUGGCUUGAAAUGACCAGGUGAUCCACUACUUGAUAGAGCAUAAGGGAAGCUUUUUGUACCCCCUUGAAGAUGGAGUGUGGAGAAAUAAAGUAUUUGGAACUUGCGUUGAUGGACUUGUUUGCGCGAGUAAAAUUCGGAGCAUCAGAUGCUAAAAUGUUCAGAAAUGGUUAUUUAGUGUAUGACAGUGUAGCAUCAGGAACAACAAGAUUUAUUAAAUCUAGCUGGAUUAGAUUGAGAGGUGAAAUUACGAAUCAGAUUUCAGCAAUCUUGGCUGCCAGAGAGGAAAGUCAAUGUGGUGGUAAUGUGCUUGCCGUAAAGCGUGCUGGAUUAAUGCGAUUGGUUGAAAUUAUGAAAGGCGAGCGUUACAACCAGAGCGCACAAAAUAGGGACAAGGGAAUACGGUGGGCGAGUGUGUUGAUAUUGAGAACUUCAUUUGGUCGGAUUUUUCAGCCUGGGGGACUGCCGUUGAGAUGCUUAGGCCAUUGAGUAAGGAGUGGUUGAAGACCUUGGGUCGUGAUUUUGAUUUUGGGGAACUUGUGUGGGGAAAAAUUGAUCCUCAUCCAUGGUGGCCCGGACAGAUCUAUGAUGAAGCUCUUGCUACUUUAUCAGCUUGCCUCACAAAGGAAAAGGGUCGCGUUCUUGUUGCUUUUUUUGGCGAUAACACUUAUGGAUGGCUUGAACCGGAAAAUGUUGUUCCCUUUGAGCCUCACUUUGAUGAGAAAUCAAAGCAGUCAGAGGAUCAUUUAUUCUUGGCGGCUGUUGAAGAGGCCAUGUUUGAGGUCAAGAAAAGAUCUGCGCUUGGAUUGACCUGUAAGUGCCACAAUCCUUCUAAUUUUAGGCCUACCGAGGUCCAAGGUUUUCUUGAAGUUGAUGUGGCUGGCUAUGGUGCUCACAUUAAGUAUUCCAUUGAGCAAAUUAAGAAGGCGAGAAAUGAUUUUAAGCCCCGAGAGAUGUUUUCUUUUCUGCAAAAAUUGGCUUUAAGUCCUACCAUCAAUCCCCAAAACAAGUUUACUUUGACAAGGAAUGUGGCAAGAGUUCUUGCUUACAGGAAAUCAGAAUUUGAAGAACCCGAUGAGAUCUAUGCCCAGGAAUUUGAGGCACAAGCUGCGGACGAUGAACAUCAUGCUGAUGUUUCAUAUGGCAAGAAAAAGCCACAUCAAGCCCGUCUUCCACCGGAAGAGCUUGAAGGUUCUCCACAGCAUCCUAGAUCCAGUGAUCUACUUACGAUUGAUGAUAGAGCUAAACAAGUUGAACUGAAAGUUCCGGAAGUCGGGAUCCAAAACAAUAAUUUUAGAAAGAAUGUCUUGCAAAAGAGAUCUCUUCAAGAUACUUCCAUGCAUCAGUUGUGUAUAUUCGACUAUGAUGAUCUCAAUCGGUUCAACAAGAAAAGGAGCAAUCCUGAUGUUCAAGAGACAAUUACAAAGAAGCAAAAGAAAGGGAAGAUAUGAUUCCAUGGUUGCAAGAAAGAAGGUUGUCGACAACCAUUACUCAGAUCUCCAAGGAGAUCAAAUUAGCACCAAGACAGCCGCAGUGGCAAAUCCUGAAGAGCAUUCAACUGAACUGACAGAAUCUUUGAUCGAGGACACUGAACAUACAGUGAUGAUCAUUAAAUUUUCUCGUCGUGCAAGAAUGCCGUCUGUGCAGGAUGUAAAAGAAGAAUUUGCUACUUUUGGGCCCUUCAAUGGAUCUGAUGUCCGCACCUUCAGGAAGUCGUGCCGAAUUGUGUUCACAUGCAAGACCAAAGCGCAGUCGGCAUAUCAUUAUGGUGUCCAAAAGAGAGACUUGUUUGACAUGUCCUAGGCAAGUUACUACAUACAACCUUUGAAAGGUUCAGCUACUGAGUUACCAAAAUCGAGCAAGCCAAACAUGCAGCAUCCACAAGGAGAUCUUCAUGAGGUUCUUAUAUUUACAUUUCCUAAUAUUUGUUUGUUUUUCUAGAUUGUAG